AUGACUUUGUCGACUCUUAACGACGACAUCCUCCGUAUCAUCGCCGAAAUGCUUUUCGUCGCACAAUGCAUCCCUCUCUCAAUAGUGUCUCGCGAUCUGCAUGCAAUUACGCGGCAGUAUGUGUUCGCGUCAAUUACUAUUCGUAGCGAGGAACAGCUAGUCAAGAUGCACGACCACCCCAUCCGUAACGUCGACAAUCGCCUGAUCUGGCCUCGAGAAUUGACUAUCUACGGCCCGACGGAAAACGCCCGCUGGGAAUGUCCAGCCAUUGAUGCGCUGGUAGGCAUCUUCGAGCACACGCGGGAGUUGAAGGCUCUGGGGCUCCACUGGUCUGAGGCGAUGAUCGACUGCGAUGCACGGAUCGGGGAGCAUCUGGCUGCAUUGCCGAAUCUCUCGGACAUCCGCCUGCUCGCUGUCGGGCCAACAACACUUGCUGUCCUAUGCAAAAUGGUCAGCAGGCUGGAGAAGGCAUGUCUGUCAUCCACCAUGUUUUCCUCCAAUCGUACUCUGCGAUACAUAGCUAAAGCCGCUGUGCUUGGCAACGUCAAGCGGCUCAGACUCCGUAACUUCCAAUUCAUUGUACUAUCUGAACUGCAGCUUCUCCCCAAACUCGCCGGGGCCCAUCCACAGCUAGAAGUCCUGGAUCUCGACCGGAGUGCCGUAUAUUCCUGCCUUAUCCUGUUCCCCAACCUACGCAGGUUGACGAUUCUCAAUAGCAAACACAAUGGCGAAAACCGCCUACAGCGCCCUGGCCAUCCCGUGGAGCAACGACACUUGAAUUACUUAUCGGUUGAGCCGACCUACCUACAUCUCAUCCCAAGCCUGGGCAUCCAUAGCGAUUACCUGCGUCUAGUACACACCGAGUCGCAGGACUUCAGUGCUAUCGACAUUCUUGAUGAUUUUGUUCGCACCGCCGCCGUCCUGGAGUUGAGCUUGAACUCGACUCGGAUUGAAUGCUACACCGGAGCCUGCACGAUAUUGGCAAGGAAAAUCUCAGCAGAAGUAUCAAAAACAAGGUACUUUAUCUUGACGACCCAAUGGCAGUCAUAUUCAGCGAGCCGGUGGAUGCAGACUAUCUCCUCUUCGCUACUAUCGUCCUCGCAAAUCCUUUGCAUACGGGUUCAUGUGACCCAUCCAAACGAAGGAGAACCAUCGCGCGAAACAUGGCUAGCCUUGCUGCAGCGAUUGCAGAGCGUCCACAUUUCUUCGGUACCCUCGCUCCGGUUCUAUUUCCAGCAUAUCGAGGGCACUGAUAAUCCGCGGAUACCAAGUGUGCCUUCGUUUUCCACCUGGGGGCGGGUCGAGGGCGAUGGCGGUGACCGCACGCUGCAGCCGAUCCCCAAUUGGCAGGGCGAGAGGAUCCAUCGCUACCUGCAAUCUCCGGAGUUCUGUCGUACGUUACAUUUCGACGAGGAAACGGCGCUGCAAUACUCCGGCCGAUGA